UUUAGUUUACAAGACAACUGAUAGUUUAAAUUUUUAAAAUAAAUGAAGGGCUCCAAAUUCAGUAUCGAAGGAGAAAAUGAAGAGGCUUUUAAAGUAUUCGUCAGAGUUAGGCCUCUAAUGCCCAGAGAAAGGUGCACAGAAGGUAGGAAAAAUAAUGGAAGCAUUGUAAAAGUAAUCGAGGAGAGUAAAAACUGCUCCAAACUCUACCUUUCAGACCCCGACAUGGUAUAUGAUUACGUUGGAAGGAGAGAAAGAGGGUAUGAAUUUGAUACAAUAUUCGGACAAAGAGAUAGUAACGAAACUGUAUUUAAAAAUACAGUAGAACCUCUAUUACCAAGUAUUUUGGAAGGUUAUAAUGCUACCUGAUUUGCUUACGGUAUGACAGGCUCAGGAAAAACCCAUACAAUGCUCGGGACAAGCACUACUCUAGAUUCAAUUAAAUAUGUCAACACUGCUGAGAAAGGUCUUUGCCUGCAGACUGUUGAGAAGCUGUUCCAGCUUAUGCAAGAAACUAGAAAUAAGCAAUUCGCUAUAAAAAUAUCAUACCUUGAGAUUUACAAUGAGCAAGUUCGGGAUUUGUUGGAAGAUAAACAGACUCAAUUAAUGAUCGUUGAAGAUCCUGUCCGAGGAGUCUUUGUACCAGAAUUGAGAGAAAUAGAGGUCUCCCAUCCCUCAGAACUGAUAGAGCUGAUUACUGAUGGUAAUAGGAGAAGGACUAUGGCAUCUACAUCUGCAAACCAAUUCUCCUCAAGGUCUCAUGCAAUACUUCAAAUUUCCGUCCAGACUAGUGAAAGUACGUUAGGGAUGGGAAACCAGGUAUUUUAUUCCAAACUUUCACUCAUCGAUCUCGCUGGAAGUGAGAGGGCAGCAUCUACCUCUAACAGAGGUCAAAGAAUGGUGGAAGGUGCCAACAUCAACAGAAGUCUGCUCGCAUUAGGAAACUGUAUUAAUAUCCUAAGUGAUAAGAACAAAACUGGAUCGUUCGUGCCAUACAGAGAUUCUAAAUUAACAAGGCUCUUGAAGGAUUCUCUUGGUGGGAACACUAAAACAUGUAUGAUUGCUUGUAUCUCUCCAUCCUAUUUCUGCUACGAAGAGAGUACUAAUACUCUUAAAUAUGCAGAAAGAGCCAGGAAUAUCAAGAAGAAAACAAAGAAGAACAUUAAAGAGGUUGAACUCCACAUGAGUAAAUAUAAAGAAAUCAUUGAAAAUCUCAGAGGAGAAAUCAGCACUCUGAGAAACCAAUUGAAAGUUGAACAUGAUAAGAAGGUCAUCAGGGAUAAGCAAAAGACCAGAGAUAUCUUCCAACAUCAUGUGAUCGACUCUAAGACAGAGAAAGAAGAUGUGGUCGAGCUUUUGCAGGACUGUAGCACAGACCAAGCUAAAGCUGCAGGCCAUACAAGUGUCGUACUUGACCAAGUCAACUGAAUCUCUGAGUUAUCUGCUCUUAAUCAAGAAGGAGAUUCCUUCUUGAUGAAUGAUGACCUCAAUGUAAAUCUUGAAGAAGUCAAGAAGGAAAGAGAUGAGCUUGAAGCUAAGCUAAAAAAUGGAGAUAUCUCCAUGUGUCAGGCAGAAUCAAGCUAUUUCGAACAAAUCAGAGUCCAACUCUACUCAAAUUUCGAAGAAGAAUGGGAUAUUACUCAUUCAAUUGCUGAGAUAAAUGAACUUCAGAAGGAAAACAAUGAGCGAAUUCUCACUUUGGCUAACCAGAUGGAGCAGCUCAUUUCAAAGAAAGAGCGGACCAAAUCAGAGGAAGAAAAGGUUAAGAUCAGCGAACUUCUGAAUGUUAAGCUCCAAGAAAUUGAGAAUCUUGAACUCGCAAUGCAGGAUAAUGCUAACGUUCUAAAAGAGUGGUUAGAAGCCAAGAAGAUCAACGAGGAAAAUCGAAACAGGAUCCAAGAGAUGUUCUCCAACAUUCAGAGUAACAAGAAGAAGGACAUAAUUGAGAUGCAGAUCAUGAUGAGGAGGCUCAAACUAGAGAAGGCUGAUCUCCAUCUCCAAAAUCUCCAGAUUAAGAAGGAGAUUAUUCUCUCGAAGAAACAGAAUGAGACUAAGGAAAAAUAAACUCCAACAGAUGCAUGCAGAGAUUGAACAAAUGAAAUAAGGAACUUAUGGCUAAAGAUAUGGAGCUUGAAAAGAGCAAGAAAAUACUUUCUGAGAAGGACGAAGAACUCAGAAAGAUGAAAAACAUUUCUCAUUACACGCCUCAGGACAUAGUACAGAUCUCAGGCGAAGAAAACCCUAUUGAAAUGCUGAAAGAGAUAGCAGUGGAUAAUAGACUCUCCCCACAAAUGCAAUCUGAAAAUAAUUAUGAUAAGAAGGAAAACAAGACUGUUCUAAACCAUCCAUUCUAUCAGAACUUAUCUGUGAGCCAGAAGGAGAAUCUCGAGAAUAUCGAAACCCCAGCUGAGCGAAAAGCAGCUGAGAGAUAUGAAAAGGAGCAAAAUAGCUUCAAUUCUCUGUCAUCAGUAAGUGUUCAUAAUGAAGUAUCUGCUGCUACUGAUAUGCAGUAUGAGGAACUGUUUGAUCCUAGCACUGGAGGGACCAAGAAAGUCAAAAAGUCUAUAAAUAGCAAAGGAGAAAGCUACUCUAGUAGAAGAGAUACUCAUAAAGCAAAGAAAAUGAUGGAAAAGAGCAGAGAGGACCAGAAAAAUGAGAUUCUGAGGCAAAUAACACCAGUAAAGUUUAAUAAGAACUAUGAUGCUGCAAAAUCAACUAAUGGUAAAGCAAACCCAAUGUCUAGUAAUCAUGGAUACUCUUGUCAGUUUGAGAAAAGGAAGAAAUCUCGAGGCUAUAAGGCACGGAACAGGGCUAAAUUUAUGGUGAAUAACGCUGAGCAUAAUACUUUCUCAUACAGAUCCCAAAGUGUUUGUUCAAAGGUUCCUAAAAGCACUACCAGUAGGAAGAGUUCCUCCAGCAACCGAAUGGUUGACUUAAAAGAAGUUAGGAAUCAUGAGAAACAGAAAAAGCAGGCAAGGAUUGGUAUCCAUGGAACUCAUUUGGAUAAAAUGAUAUCGAAGACUAAUUUCAGUAAGAUGAGUAAAUAAUUAUGCGAUAAACGUGUCAAACCUGAGGAAUAAGGAUGGGAACUCAGGAUUUGGAAACAAAACAGAUAGAAAUUACAAUGAUCUUUCACAUAACUCAAAGACGUAUAACUCAAGAUAUAUGAACGAGGAAGAGCAACUCUCUGGUGGCAGCAAGUUAGAUGAGGCUGAUCCAAGAAGUAAGACUCAUCAAAAGAUUCCCAAUGGAAUUCUCCAACUCAGGAAGCAAAUGUUGCUCCAGGAGUAUAAGAUUAUUGAAGAGCAAAACCAAGAGCUACAAAAUUUAGACUUAUCACCAGAAACAAAGGAUAAAUAUAUGAAAUUUUGUUAUGACACUCCGAAUGACAUUGAACAAGAGGGAGGGAUGGACAAUAUUCCUCGUGAUUUUGAGAUAAAUGAGAAUUAUAGUUCUCCUAGAUAA